GGUACACGCAGCAUUUCUAAAGCAAAACGAGGAAAGGAAGCAACGUGGACAGGCUGCAUCGAAAAAAAAAACUGUCCAGCUAUUGCUUAGCGAGUCAGCUUGGAACAAACAAAAAUAUAGUAAGGACCACCCUCAAGCAAAAGCUAUAAAUCAGAAAAUCAUGGAGUGCAUCGCGCUAGAUAACCAGCCAUUUUCGAUCGUGCAAGAUGCCGGAUUCACCAAACUUGUGGAGUUCCUCGAACCACGCUUUGCCAUGCCCAGUCGCAAGUAUUUAUCUGAUGUUUGCCUGCCUGAGUUAUACAAUGUCGUUUACAGACAUGUCGAGAAGCUAAUUUCUGAGGCUGUGUUCAUUAGCUUCACCACCGAUAUCUGGUCUUCAGAUGUUAGCCAGGUUAGCAUGCUAAGCUUAACUGCUCAAUGGCUAGGUAAAGACUUUGUGCUAAAAAGGGCUGUGCUUCAUUCUCAAGAAUGCCGUGGUUCUCAUACGGCAGAAGCAAUCACAUCUGCUUUUGAAAGGAUGUUUUUGACAUGGAAAAUCCCCAAGGAGAAAGCGCACGUCAUUGUAAGGGACAACGCGCGCAACAUGGCUAAAGCUACGUCGGAGUUUGGUGUGUCAAGUUUGCCUUGUAUCGCGCACACCUUGCAGCUGGUAGUGAAUGGAGGAGCCCUGUCUCAACGUAGUAUAGUAGAUGCUUUGGCUGUCGGGAGGCGAGUGGUGGGCCACUUCAAGCACUCGCCAUUUGCUUACAGUCGUUUUGAAGAUAUUCAAAAGGAUCUUAACAUGCCUGUUAAAAAGCUGCAACAGGAUGUACCCACCAGGUGGAAUUCCACCUACUACAUGAUGCAAAGCCUGGUGGCGCAGAAGAGGGCAUUAAGCCAUAACUCACUGGGGAACCAUGGAGAAACUGACCAGCCUACUUGAACCUUUUGAGCAGCUGACCAAAGACAUCAGCUCUGCAGAGGCCACUGCUGCAGAUGUUAUCCCUGCUGUGGUGUCURUGACACYCCUGCUUGCCAAGACUGAUGAAUCAGACAAAGGAGUGCAAACAGCCAGAAGUACUCUACUGACAGCUGUCAGUAAUCGAUUUAAUGGUGUGCAAAGUGAACCACUGUAUGUCAUUGCAACCAUGGUUGAUGCUCGUUACAAAGAUCGUUAUUUUAWCARUGAGAAGAAGGGGGAAGCACGGGAUAUGUUGCUGAAUGUUGUGGAUGAAAUGGCUGCUGGUGAUAAUGAUCAGCAGGAUGAGGCUGCAGGUGCCAGCACAGAUGACCCAAACCAGGAGGACRAGGAACCCCCACCUAAGAAGGCCCGAAAUGAAAGUCUGCAGGACAUGUACCAAGAAAUCCUUGUGGAGAAUGACGUUACAGAACGAGCAACUACGGGUGAAACAGCUUCACAGGUAUAUGCAUACCUGGGAGAAACCACCAUCCUGAAAACAGCAUGCCCUUUGAAGUACUGGAAGUCCAACCAGGCCCGUUUCCCUGUUCUUGCUCGUGUUGCACUCAAGUACUUCACUGCACCCUGCACCAGUGUGGACAGCGAGCGGCUAUUCAGUGCCGUCUCCCAUGUCAUCAAUGAGCAGAGGAAUCGCAUACAUUGUGACAAUAAUCACCACUUUAACACAGUAGAGGGGUUUGAGUACCCCAUGAUCCUAGGUAGGGUCUCCCAAUGCAAACAGGCCUUGGUGGAGGGGUUCAGAACCCUUGAUGAAAUGGAACAUUAUCCACAUCAGGAAAGCUUGCCUGGAAUUGAGAAACUGGUGCACCUCCCUAGAGCUAGGCCAGGGGUGGGGCGAYCACCUGGUGGUCUAGCCUUGGCUACCGGAGCACUGCCUGAAAGGACAACAGGAAGCCACCUCCACAUGGACCCACCACCUGCAGGGAGGACCAUCAAGGGCAGGUGGAAUGCCAGGAAGCAGGAGAAGGAGGGUCGCUGA